AUGGCUCGCGCUCAUCACUCACCUCCCGGUCCCCUGCCCGAUAACCGAAGCGAAGCCAGGCCUGAGCUUGGCACUUCAGGUUCCACUGCGGCACCGCUGCGAUGCCUGCCGCCUCAGGGGAAGCAGGAUUUCAGCACGCCACCAGCGGCUGCCUCAACCGCUUCUCCUCACCCUCGACUCCUUCUCAGCACGGGUCCGUCUCGCGUGCCGCCAGUAUUUAUCCACCAAAAGGCUGGAAUGAACAUCUCUGUAGCGACAGCCGCUGACCACGCAACUACUCCGCCCCGCGAAGUGCUCGCGCACAUUCGGUCAACGGAGAUUGCUGGGUCGCCUUCCUCCAGCAGCUCUCGCGAUCCAGGCCUGCCCAGCCCCUCGGCAUAUUCGGGUGUAAAUGCCGGCUGCUCUCCAAUACUGACUUCGCCGCACACAGGGCUAGGCAGUGACGCGUCGGCCGGCGUAGAAGAGGGGGGUCGAAUGCCUCCGAAGGAUACCCAGCACUUUUCUUCACCGCUUUGCUUUCGCGUGAUGCCUCGAUGUCGAUUCAACACCCAGGCCGAGUCCCUCGGCAAACACCACGUGGCGGCCCUCGGGCCUCCGCACACACACGCUGCAGCAGCAAAGUCUCGAACAGGUCAUCCUGCCACAUCGGCGGGCGGGGCGUCUCUGGCGACAUGCAGCCCCAGUCUCUUCGUGAAAGGAGGCGCGGUACAGGCCCCAGCAGGACCAGCGCGCUUCCCGGCGACCAACAAGCAGCCUACACACUGGGCACGCGACCCUGUGCUCACGCCAGCCACCAGAGCCCCCACUCUGGGAAGAAGGCACGUGGAGGCCGUGUGCCCACAGCCGGCUGCCGCCGCAUUCCCUCGGCGUUCUUUAAUAAAUGCGUCUUCUCGGAAGAGACACCAGCUGCCCCCGUUCGGCGGACUCAAGUUGCCGACGCCAGCGACGAAAACCGCCAUGGCCGUGGCAGUCUCGCAGCAGAAGAGCGCGAAAAAGUUUCCAACUGCGGACUCAUGUCGAACUCCCCUGAUUGCGGAAACUCUUGUACCGUCCCUCAGACCCUCCGUGUUCCCCUUUUUGCUCACGGGGGCAGUCGGAGCCGCCGUGCCCGUGGCAGGGGGCGUAACGCAUCCCCUGCUUGGCGUCCGCUCGCAGCAGGGCCAGCGAGUCGCUGUUGAGGCUGCUGCAGGCAGACAAGGUCCCGAUAUGCCACAGGCGACCAGGUUUCGCGUGCCUCCAAAGCCUGCAGCUCCCAAGGGACAGGUGUGUGCUGAAGGAGGCAGCUCUCCGUUCUCGCGGUUGGACGGCACAGCCGCCUCUGAAGCGCCUUCGAGCGAAAGCUGCGUCCACGAGAGUUCCCCUGGGCGUGGGCCAGAAGCUCGGCUGAAAGCAGAGAUAUGCACCACGGUGACUGGCGCGUUGGCAACAGGCAGCCGCCACCCGUCGCCCCUCGCACAGGAGCCACUCAGAAAACGCGCGGAUUCAAGACAUCUGAGACUUGGCGCCAACGUGCCGAGGUCUCAGAACAUCCCCGCGCUGGGGUUGCAAAAAAGGCACCGCCAGUUGCCGGCACUCGUAAAGCCUGGGCACGCAGUUGGGUCAGGGACGGGAGUGCAUGCCACUUCAAGCGUUGAGCGCCUCGACUCGUUGCGAGCUGUAUAUGGGUGCUUACGGCCUUUCAAAAACUGGGGGGCUCCGCCGGGCGCGACCCUCAUCCAGGGGACGCCUCGGAAAAGAACGGGCUCUGGGGCGAGCAGGAGAAGCGUCGCGGGGAAGGAGCUGGAAUCUGAGGAAUCCCCACUCGAGUUCCCCGUAGGCCUUCCUGAAGGGAGGAAGGGGCAGCAUGGGCAGAGCAAAGACACAGGCAGAGCAGGUGUGGCUGACCAAGGCGCCGGGGGUAAAAGGGCCUCAGAUAUCGCCGUGACACAGAUAAGGGGCGGCAACUUAGUCAGGAUGCUCCCCGUCAAGGAGACCAGACAAUGA